CUUUCUCUUUACUUCGUUCAGAUUCAACUAUCGAGGCUACAACAAUUCCCAUAACCGUGCUCCCUAAGCCUAUGCUCCUGUUCUCCUGUGCUUCCUCAUCCUUUUCAAUUCCUAACAAUGGGAUGUUGCAUGAGCAAAUGCAAACCCAAGAAACACUCCAUGCAAGAUUUCAACAAUGUUCAAGAAAAGCUUGCAAUCUCUCAACCUUCAAAAUUAACCCUUACAACUCCCAUCAUUUCUCCCUCAAACAAAAUAUCCCCAUCUCCUUCUUCACCUACAACUUCUUCAUCUUCCGUUUCUUCUUUCACUUGUACCAGCAAUUCCAACACUACUCUUAGUUCAUGCUUUUCGCUUUCUAGCGGAUCUUCAUCGAUCUUGACCACAAAAGAUCCGUCCUCCAAUGAGUUUUUGUGGUCUUGUGUUAAGGAAAAUCCGCAUAUAAUCCGCAUCAAUUCGAUUAAGAAAUUCUCUGAGUUGCUUGUUCCUCCUGAUGUAUAUGCACGGAACAUGGACUCUGCUGCGCCAGCACCGAAGCAGUCAUUCCCUACUCAAAGAGUAUAUGGAUCAUCUAAGCUUCAGAAAAGAGUUCGUUCUAAUUCACCGGCCCCACUAAAUCGACAGAAGAGCUUUCGCAGAGAACAUGAGAGAAUUAAUUCUUCAUAUUCUGUACCAAGUAGAGCUCUGAGGUCACCAUCUCCUAGCAGGCGGUUAAAUGGAGAUAGUGGCAGAAAAAUUUUGACAGGCACCCCAAAGGAAAGUUUUUCCAAACGCAUGGUUGAUUCCAAGGCAAAUGCAGCAUAUAGCUCUGUUUCUUCUUCUCUGAGAAAGGAGAAUUUGAGGCCAAUGAGUCCAUAUAUGAAAAGUCAUCAUCUUCGUUCUUGCUUGAAGAAUAGAGAGACUAGCAUUCACCGUGCAAGUUCUAAAAUAGAUGGAGUUACAGUAGAAGAAGCUCUAGCUCACACUGAUACCGACGUUCCCAUGGAGGAUAUUGAUAAUCCUCUUAUUUCUUUGGAUUGUUUUAUAUUUCUGUAGAAAAUAAAAUUAAUGGUGUGCGUUAUUCAUAAUUAUAACAUGUUUCUAAAUGAUCAACUAGAUCACGUUUCUGUAAUGACAUGCAUUGAUUGGAUAUUCGUUGAUUUAUAGAGGAUGUAAUAUAAUUUUCUGCU